AUGAAUACAUCAGUGGGCAUUUGCAUUGGCGCGCUUUUCCUGAUUUUCCUGGCGUUGGAAGUCUGCUCAGUACAGGCUUCAUCAAAUGACCUCUCUGACCUUAUCACUUCUCUUCCAUCCCUUCCAUUUCCCUUCAAAUCUCGUCACUUUUCCGGCUACCUCUCCUCACUCAACUCUACUUAUCUCUUUUACUGGUUCGUCGAGUCUCAGUCUGAUCCUCAAAGUGAUCCACUACUUCUCUGGCUAUCCGGUGGCCCUGGUUGUAGCAGUCUUUUUGGCGCAUUUGCCGAAGUUGGCCCGAUUCUCAUCUACCCCAAUGGAACUCUUACCUCAAAUAAUUUUGCCUGGAACCAAAAGGCAAACCUCCUUUUCAUUGAGUCGCCUGCGGGUGUUGGCUUUUCGUUUCGCACUAACGCAAACAAAUACGAAACUGAUGACUUUGAAACGGCUCAAAUAAACUUUCACGCUCUAAAGUCCUUUUUUGCCAAGUUUCCUCAGUUUACUGGCGACCGCAAAUUCUUUUUAGCUGGUCAGAGCUACGCAUCCCG